UAUCAGAUAGAGAAAUACCAAAGAACAGAGGACUACUAAAUAUCGCGUGAGAAUUUUUUGACGUUACAGACAGGAAUGACAACGUAAUUGCAGGUAUCCCCCACACAUAAGGAUAGUAAUGAAGCAAGCAUUCAUUAUAAAAACAGCCAGCUAAUGAAGAUGUGGACUUACGCUUUUAGCAGAAGAAAAGGUGCAAUGUUUUUCUUGGUUUGCCUUUACCUAUUCCAUACAAUGACAUUGGUCGAGUCCCUUAGUAAUGAGGCUACAAAUUACCUGGAUGCAUUACUCACCUCACAAAACACUCAAAAUAACGUGGACUCAAAUAUUUCACCGGUCAAAAGAGGUUGGGAAGCAUGGGAUAUGCCUUGGAUGAAAGCCAGUGGGCGUCCAACAAAACGAGCAUGGGAAGGUAUAGGUUUGAUUAGUCGUAGAGUUAUGUAUCCUGGAACGUUGGAACAAUUAAAGAGAGGAUGGGAAGGAUUAAAUUGGCGAUAUAGAAUGCACAACGGUAAACGAAGUCAAAAUAUUUUGGAACCUGUGUCAGAAGAAGCAGACAGCUGUGAAUGCUGUACAAAUGAUAAUGACCCGCUCUGUUGUGUAUCUUGUACUAGAGAAACUGUAUCAGAACAAAACGAAGACUCGGGACAACAGAACGAAAACUCGGCACAAGGAUACACGUCUUUUUUAAACGUAUUUUGUCGAUGUUGUUCAUCAUCAGACGACGCCGAAUGCUGUCGUUAUUGUGACAUGCUUACAAAUUGAGGAUUUAAACAGUGUUGUAACUUUUUUUUAUUGUCAUCAAACCAUUGUUAUUAAUUUUUUUAUAAUGUAUUUCACUGAUUUUGCUUUUAAGUUUUGCAUUACUAUCUAUAUCUUGCAAUUCAUUAAGUAAACAUGAACAAGGAAGUGGCAUUGGUCUUUGAUUUGUAAUAAACAUCAAUAUUGAUAACAGAGAAUGGUGUUCCUUUCAACGGCGACUUCUUCUGAAACGCAAGAAGACUGAACAAUAUACCUUUAGUAUAUAUACUUUGUAAUUAAAUGAGAUCAAACUGACCGACAAGAAACUAAAAUUACCAAUUUAAGGACACUCAAUUAAAUGUACCAAAAGAUCGUCUAUGAUAGACAAGAUUAACUUGAUCAUGUGCUUAGUAUAUCAUGCCAAAUACCUUUUACGUAAUAUAAGAAAAUGUUUACAAAUAAUAACUAUAGUGUUUUUUUGUUCAUUUUUCACCUAAUUGUAAAAACAGCAAAUUAGAAAGAUAGACCUAUAUAUAUAUACUCUGUUUGUUGAAAGUUUGAAAAAUGCAAAUUUUGUUUAAUAUUCAGUUUGUAAUUUGUCUAUUUCAUCUGUAAUUAUUUUCAAUAUUAUUUCUUAUCAAGUAUCUAAAAGAAAGUGUACAAGAUUGUAUGAUUAAAACACUUAAACAUG